AUGGGCUCAAAUACAUCAACAACUAUUAUUGAACAACAACAAGCAGGUGAGGAAGAAAGAUCUUUGACCAAGUCAAGAUCUAUGAGGCAGCCCUCCCUUAAGAGAUCAUCAAGUAAUACAGCUUCCGAUGAUGAGAAGAGUCCAAUAGAAGAAAUUUUGAUGGAAAACCAACCAUCAAUUAUUGGAUUUGUUGGAAAUUUGAUGGGAAUUAAGCAAUCACAUCAUCAUAAAGCCAUUCGAGUUGUGGAUAUGGAACAAGCACACAAAAUUUCUGAAUCUUCGAUAUUAUCAUCACCCUUAAAGAGUGGUAAUACAAAUGGUGGUGAAGAAGCUUUCCAACCAAUCUAUUCAUCAAAAACUGCCUUUACAAGACCUAGAGCCAAAUCAUUUGGUCCUUCAUUGAAGAAUAGUCUCUCAUCAAAUAAUUCAGUGAAUUCUUCAAUUUCCAAUAGUAUCCUUACCAGAAAUCAGGUGCAUCUCAAUUCUUCAUACGACGGCUGGAAUAGAGAUGCUAUCUGUUGGGAGGAAUUUAAGAGAAAAAGUAUAGAACGUGAAAAUAAGAGAAAGAAGGUUAAGGAUGUAUCAGCAUCAUGGUCACCUUCACCUUCCAGUCAAUCACCAAAUGGAAAACAACCACAAGCAACAAAUAACGUGUCAAUAAGUGUGAGCUUAUCAACUCAAUCUUCACCACGAGGCAAAGGUAACAACAGAAGAUAUGGAAUUAUACUUGCACCAAUCACAAACCGUGUUGGUAUGGAAGUUGAACGAACAGGAAUAGGAAACUUUUUGAAGAACCUUGAACAACCCUCACUGUUAUCCCAAUCAAUCAAAUAG